AGAAAUGUUAUUUUCUUCAUCCUUUCUUUAAUCUCUAAAGUCCACCAAUCACCAGGAAUCUAGUGUUUUUGCCUCCCAUUACAGUAAUGGCCUGAGCUGCAGAAGAAAAAGGAAGUGGGGUUUCCAUAGGAUAGUCUUUUCACUGAAAACCAGGGAACAUCAAAUAAUUUUGUAUUAGUUUUUUCUUCCAUUCCAUUCUCUUACAGUACGAACUUCUGCUUUUGGCUUUCUACGGCCUUGGAGAACCCCACGUCGCCCAUGUUACCACAAGUGUUUUCUGUUAGGUGCAGCUGGUUGCCUAAAGAUCUUUAAUGAAAGGAAGAGAAACAAAAUUCUGAGAAAUGGAUGAGAAGGAGGCUACUGGGUCAUGUUUAGUUGUUUCUGAAGAAAAAUGUGAUAGAUUGUAUCCGAUUUAUUUUGGUGUUUCAUUUGCUUUCUUUGCUUUAAGGCUUUUGUCAAGUUCUGAUAAAGAAGAUGAGAAAUGGUCUGAGCUGCAAGAUAAAAUGCUUCAAGGAAGUGCUCAAUUGUUGGGCUUGCUUGUGUGGAGAGUCCAGAAAGAGGGGGCUACUGGGGACAAAUGUGAGGUUGUGCAUAAGCUUGAGACUGCAGAGAAAAAGAUUGCAGAGUUAAGGAAGCUGAGAAGCGAAGAUGCGAAAGCUAAUCAGAAGGUCAUUAGCAUCUUUGCAACGCAAGAGCAGAUGUGGUUGAAUGAAAGGAAGAGGCUCCAGCUGCAUAUUGGAGUUCUUGUGAACAAAGUGAGGGUGUUAGAGAAAAAGAAGAAUGAAGCUGUUUCGGAAUUGACUGAGAAAUUAAAGGAAACCGAGAAUUUGAUGGCGUCAAAGGAUAAGAUAUUGGAGGAAGAGGAGCAGAAAAGGAAGGAGGUAGAAGAGAAGCUAGCAAAAGCAGAAAGUAUUGCAGAAAAAUUGAGAGAAGCUGCAAAGCAAGAAGCUCAGGAUCAUUCUAUAGAGAUUUGGAAGCACAAAACUGCUUUUAUCGAACUUGUGUCGAACCAACGACAACUUGAAGCAGAACUGGGUCGAGCACUUAGGCAAGUUGAAGCUGCAAAACAAGAGCUUGGUUCAGUCUUGGAGCAGAAAGAGGAGUCAGUCUUGUUGGCUCAAAAACUAUCCAUGGAGAUUCUCAAGAUGCGCAAAGAUUUAGACAAAAAAGACAAGGUUUUAUCAGCAAUGCUGAGGAAAUCUAAACUGGAUACAAAUGAGAAGCAAAUGCUUAUAAAGGAGGUUAAAUUAUCGAAGACGAAGAAGAAGCAAGCUGAACUGGAAACAGAAAGAUGGAAGACAGCAUCUGAGUCUAGAGACCAGAGACAUUCAUUGAGAAGUAUGUUUAAGAAUCAAGUCAAUUCUAGAUUUGAUGCUUCCUUUGGUAUAAGAGGAACAUCACACACUGGAAAGACCAUACAAGAGCCCACUGAUUAUGUUCUUGAUCUUGAUCACCCAAGGCCUCAGCUGAAAAAUGACCUUGAUGUUUUCUUGCCACUUUCUAAUUACAACUCAGCAGAAGGAAGUGAGGAAGAUGUCAGAAGAUUAGAAGGUUGGGUUCGUUUGGAAGCAGAAAAGUAUGCAACAGUAAUAGAGAAGAGGCAUCACUUAGAACUAGAGGCUUUUGCAGAACAAUUGAGGCUGAAAGAUGAAAAAUUAGAAGCUUUUCGAUGGCAGUUGCUGAGCAUGGAGAUUGAAUUGAAGCGGCUGCAGACCCACAUUGAAGGACUUAACCAGGAGACAUCACAGCUCAGGCAUAACAAUAUGAAAUUGGAAGCCAUGCUAUUGGAGCGCAAAGAGGAAUUAAGCUCUUUGCAAGAGCAAUUUUUGUCCAAGUUAAAAUCUUUCAGUUUUCAGAAGACCAACAUAAACUCCUUUCUAGAUGAUCCAGCAUUAACCCAUGAUGCCAUUGGUUCCAAAGUCAAGAUCAGUAAGAGAAUACCAGCAGAGAAGGAGCAAGAAACAAAAACAACUUCUGUGGAAAGGCCUCAAGAGAAAGACACAGAGGUGAGAGAAGAAAACCCAUCUCACAACGAGCCCAAUAAAGUGAUAGUCCCAUCUCCUGAAAGAGAGUUUCAAGAAGAUAAGGAUGCUGCGGUCCAUAGUCUUAUUCAAAGGGAAACUGCGAGGCUGCUUGUUGUUGACACAGCUGAAAACUUAGCAUCAUUUAACAAGCCCUUUAGCAUGACCAACAAUUCCCCAUGGAGGAUGGAUCUUCAUGCUCUUGGAGUUUCUUACAAGAUCAAGAGACUGAAGCAGCAACUUCUUAUGUUUGAGAGAUUGACAGGAAAAAGUGGCGAAGAUAUGGAAAGCAAUGAAAAUGGCAGGAAGGGUUUGCUAUUGCUGAUGUCUUUGCUAAAUAAACAAGUCAGCAGGUACCAGUCCCUUCAGGGUAAGACCGAUGAUCUUUGCAAGCGUAUGCAUGAGACUGAUGCACACAUGAGUCAAGGGGAUUCGAGCAGUGCAAGGAGGAAAGGAGAAACUGAAACACUAGAGCAUCUCCUCGAGGAAACGUUCCAGCUGCAACGAUACAUUGUUGCAACAGGACAGAAGUUGAUGGAAGUCCAAUCCAAGAUUGCAUCCUGUUUUGUUGAGUUGACAGAAGCACUUGACAAAACUGCAAACUUGGACAAGAAGCGGUUUUCUGAUAGUCUAAGAACUCUCUUUCAGGAGGUCCAAAGAGGACUUGAAGUACGGAUAUCUCGAAUCAUCGGAGACCUUGAAGGAACUCUGGCUUGUGAAGGGAUGAUUCAUUUGAGGUAAAUUUUGAAUGCAAUGUGACCAAAUCACAGUCAGAAUGGCACUGUAUGAUUCAUAAUUGCGCUGAUUUCUGUAGUUAAUUUUGUAUAGGAAUAAUAUGGUUAAAAUGAUUUUAAUGCAAUAUAAAGGCCCUGUAUCCAACUUGUGUUUA